CCGGGGCCGCACACAGCGCCCCCGGUGGCUGCCGAGCCCAGGCUGAGCGGGGCGGCGCACGGCGCGGGGACGGGCCGGGCGGCUCCCGGAGCGACUUCCUGUUGUGCCCGCGCCCCGCCGUCACCACCGCCACCGCCGCCACUGCCACUACCACCGCCACCACCACCGCCACCACCGCCUGGGCCCCUCGCCCACUGCCCGCGGCCUGCAGCGGCCGCCGCCCAUGGAUUUCACCUAGCGCCGGUGGUCAUGGCGGCGCAGUGCUGCUGCCGCAAGGCGCCCGGCGCCGAAGCCGCGCCCGCCCGCCCGCCGCCCGAGCCGCCGCCCGCCCUGGACGUGGCCUCGGCCUCCAGCGCGCAGCUCUUCCGCCUCCGCCACCUGCAGCUGGGCCUGGAGCUGCGGCCCGAGGCGCGUGAGCUGGCCGGCUGCCUGGUGCUGGAGCUGUGCGCGCUGCGGCCCGCGCCCCGCGCGCUCGUGCUCGACGCGCACCCGGCCUUGCGCCUACACUCGAUCUCGUUCCGCCGCGCCUCCGCCGCCUCCGGGUCGCCCUGCACCUUCGCCUUCCCUGCCCCGGGGUCGGGGCCCCCGCUGCCCGCCUUCGCCGAUGCGCCUGGAGCGGAGUCUGCCGGCUGCCCGCUGGCCUUCAGGCUGGACCCGUUCACCGACUAUGGCUCCUCUCUGACCGUCACACUGCCUCCCGAGGUGCAGGCGCACCAGCCCUUCCAGGUCAUCCUACGCUACACCUCGACCGACGCCCCCGCCAUCUGGUGGCUGGACCCAGAGCUGACCUAUGGCAAUGCCAAGCCUUUCGUCUUCACCCAGGGCCACUCAGUGUGUAACCGCUCCUUCUUCCCGUGCUUCGACACGCCCGCGGUCAAGUGCACCUACUCAGCCGUUGUCAAGGCCCCGUUAGGGGUACAGGUGCUGAUGAGUGCGACUCGGAGCGUGUACGUGGAAGAGGAAGGCCUCUACCACUUCCACAUGGAGCACCCAGUACCCGCCUACCUCAUAGCCCUUGUGGCCGGAGACCUCAAGCCAGCAGACAUUGGGCCCAGGAGCCGUGUGUGGGCUGAACCGUGCCUCCUGCCCACAGCCACCAGCAAGCUAUCGGGUGCCGUGGAACAGUGGUUGAGCGCAGCAGAGCGAUUAUAUGGGCCAUACAUGUGGGGCAGAUACGACAUCGUCUUCCUGCCGCCCUCCUUCCCCAUCGUGGCCAUGGAGAACCCCUGCCUCACCUUCAUCAUCUCCUCCAUCCUCGAGAGUGAUGAGUUCCUGGUGAUCGAUGUCAUCCACGAGGUAGCCCACAGCUGGUUCGGCAAUGCUGUCACCAACGCCACUUGGGAGGAGAUGUGGCUGAGUGAGGGCCUGGCCACCUAUGCACAGCGCCGUAUCACCACGGAGACCUAUGGAGCUGCCUUCACCUGCCUAGAGACAGCCUUCCGCUUGGAUGCCCUGCACAGGCAAAUGCGGCUUCUUGGGGAAGAUAGCCCGGUUAGCAAGUUGCAGGUCAAGCUAGAACCAGGAGUGAAUCCCAGCCACCUGAUGAACCUGUUCACCUAUGAGAAGGGCUACUGCUUUGUGUACUACCUGUCGCAGCUCUGUGGCGACCCCCAGCGCUUUGACGACUUUCUCCGCGCCUAUGUGGAAAAAUACAAAUUCACCAGUGUGGUGGCCCAGGACCUGCUGGACUCCUUCUUGAGCUUUUUUCCUGAGCUGAAGGAGCAGAGCGUGGACUGCCGGGCAGGACUGGAGUUCGAGCGCUGGCUCAAUGCCACAGGCCCCCCACUGGCUGAGCCAGACCUGUCUCAGGGGUCCAGCCUAACCCGGCCUGUGGAAGCCCUUUUCCAGCUGUGGACCGCAGAGCCCCUGGAGCAGGCAGCAGCUUCGGCCAGCGCCAUCGACAUCUCCAAGUGGAAGACCUUCCAGACGGCACUCUUCCUGGACCGGCUGCUGGAUGGAUCCCCGUUGCCCCAGGAGGUGGUGAUGAGCCUGUCCAAGUGCUAUUCAUCUCUGCUGGACUCCAUGAACGCCGAGAUCCGCAUCCGCUGGCUGCAGAUUGUCGUCCGCAACGACUACUAUCCUGAUCUUCACAGGGUCCGCCGCUUCCUGGAGAGCCAGAUGUCGCGCAUGUACACCAUCCCACUGUACGAGGACCUCUGCACUGGUGCCCUCAAGUCCUUCGCACUAGAGGUCUUCUACCAGACCCAGGGCCGGCUGCAUCCCAACUUGCGCAGAACCAUCCAGCAGAUCCUGUCCCAGGGGCUAGGCCCCAGUGCUGAGCCCAGUGCCGAGUCCAGCAAAGAGCUGGGUGGUGCGGAGGCAGACUCGAACCCAGACUCGCCAGCCCUGCUGCUCGGGGACGAGGCCCCCAGCAGCACCAUCUCUCUCAGGGACGUCAAUGUGUCUGCCUAGCCUUGAUGGUGACUGACCCUCGACCUCCCAGACACCACGAUUGUGCCUUUAGUGGUCCGGGCCGCCAUGACUGCGCCUUGGCUCUGGCCACGAGCUCUGCCCGGGACCAUAAACCCCUCCCACUGGCUCCAGGCCAGGGGCAGGGGGUAAAGGAUCUUGAGUCCAUUGAUGCCCGUGGACCAGGGCCCACCCUGAGUCUGCUCUCUUGCACUGCAGGCCCCAGGGAUGGUCUGUAUGCACUAUGCCUCCUGUUUUAACACUGACAGCCAUGCCUCACCCUGGAAGCCAGCAUCUGCUGACACUGCCCUGGGGACAGUGACCCUAGCAGUCCCACAGCAACAACCACAAUGUGCCUUACGUGUGCCAGAGACCCAGGAUGCAUGAUCCUGGAAAUGUGCUUUCCUGAAGAGCCCUGUGUCUGGUCCCCGAGCUGGAAAGCCUUGCUUGACAGACAGAAGACAGAGGGGCAAGGACACGGGCAUUCCAUCACUGUCGGGACAGGAGACAGAGGGAGAGGCUAGACCUCUCAAGCAGGCCUGUCUCUGCACUAGGAGUCUAGGACCCAGAGGUACAGGGAAGGAUGACCUGUCCUUGUGGUGACCUGGGUACCAUUGGUGCUCUCUGUGCCUGCCUGCUGGGAGAGACACCAGCCUGUGAGCUUCAGCCUGGGACAGCUGCAGCAGGAACCAUGGUGACUGUCCCAUUAAAUCUCCACUCAGCAGAUCUGACCACCCUUCCUGUGUGUCACUACCCUGCCUUUCACACCUACCCAACUGCCAGGGUUAGGGCUGGAAGAGAUGAGAACUGGUCACAGAAUCAUGGUCAUAGCCGGUCCCAACAGACGGACCUCAAUAGAGGUGGGAACCUGACCCUGAAGGCUCAGACGGGGAUGGGGGAGGAGGGGGGAAGGUGGCCCCUUGUUAUUCUCAGCUCCUCAAUCAGACCUUCAGGACCCUAAAAAGGAUUUUUGUCACUCUCA